AUGGACGUCAAAAAGCUUACCAAGAAGCAGCUGAAAGCUCAGCAAUUUCGCAAGUCCAAGGAGGAGCGCGGAGAAGAGAAGGACCUUAAGAGAAAGUCCGACGACGUUGCGACUGACCAAAAAGGCACUGUCGAUGAACACGACGAAGCGCCCCGCAAGAAACGUAAGACGAGAAGAGGUAAGGGAGGCAAAGGAGGCAAGGGAUCCAAGGGGAACCGUUUUCUCAUUUUUGUAGGGAAUCUGCCGCGCGACGUCAGCUCGACCGAGCUGCAGGCACAUUUCAAGUCGAGCGCGCCAGACGAAAUCCGUAUACGGCCCGACAAGGGCAUUGCGUUUCUGGAGUUCGAUGCUGAGAAGGAUCUGAAGAAUAUCCAGUCGCGAAUGGACGUGGCUUUGCUACAACACAAGACUCUGGUGAAGGGACGGAAAAUCAACGUUGAGCUGACCGUGGGCGGCGGCGGUAACAGCAAAGCGCGGCUGGAAAAGCUAAAGGGCAAGAACGAGAAGUUCGAGGUUGAACGUCGCGAGAGAACGGCCCAUAUCAUCCAAGAAAACAAACGUAAAAAGACUGCCGAAAACGGUGACGAGAAACGCGCCUCUGGAGUAGAGACGACCGUUUCUGGCGGAGUCCAUCCAGACCGCUUAAAAAAUUUUAGUUGA